GAUGAAAAGGCUUGGCGCGAUAUUACAACAGUGAGGAGUAUAAACAUCAGAGACAAACGAAGUAAUAUUUAAUAAGAGUUUUGGGAAAAAAUUAAUCGAGCACGGUUUUCCCCGAUGUCUAAUUUAGAACAUUUUGUUGAACGACGGGUGAGUGAAAAGAAUCCCGGCGGAUAUAUGAGGCGGGAGUAGACACCCAAUCAUCUGGCAAUACGUUUACCAUUCAUUUUCAGCGCAGUAGUUCCUGACCCAGUUUCGUUCUCAGCCGCAAUGUUGCGAUUUCUCUCGUCCAAAAGCAACCGUAUGCCUACUGUAUUAAAAACCGUGUGACAACGUCGCCAAAACCAUCCCCAUAUCGCACCUGUAGACAAAUCUUCUAUCAUUAAGAAGGUCCCUGAGCUACAAAUACUUUCAUAUUAACCAAAUUAAAAAAAGUGAUCGAAACCGUGAUAAUCCUGACCGAAUACACAGCACUGAUUAGAUUACGACAAGGGAAAACAUGAGUACAUACGGAAACACCGGCAACGAAGGCCAGAGAGGGUAUGGUGAAGGAAAUAGCGAUGUGAAUACAUAUGGCAACAGAGGCAACGAGCCCUCCCGAAAUAGAGACUUCAUCAACAUCAAAAUAUUCGUGCAUCCUGACAAUAAGAGCCCUGUUUAUAUGCAGGCAAACUUAAAAUGGACGCUCGACGAGCUACACUUCAGUUUGGCCGAAAAAUGUAGCCUGACUCCCGGUCAGUGCCACUCAUCUUGUGAUGGAUUGCUGCUGUCGGGUUCACGCAAGGUUUGGGAAACGGAGAUAAAAAAUGACUCCACCGUCAUCCUCUACGAGGGCGAAGGGACCCCCACACCAGGAGUGAUAAAAAACGAGCCUUCCAAGCACACUAAGGUGAAGAUAACCAUCAUACUCCUUAAUGGAAAGACUCGUGAUAUGGAAGUAGACUUAGAUCAGAAGCAAAGCUGCUUGGUUAAACAGGUUUCUGCUGAAAUCGGUGUGCAUGAAAGCCAGAUCGACCUUAUGCAUGACGGAGAAAAAUUAACGGGCUCGACGACACUGCGAGAGGCUAAGAAAAAGAUAAAGAAUGGAAGCAAAAUGCAUGUCGUUUUACGAGUCCGUGGGGGCGACAGUCAGUAAAAAAAAUCAUGUGCUUAGUUAAUACGCUUCAAAGCACAUGUAUGACAGCCAUUGUUGAAUCAUCUUUUUCAUUAAAGGAGGAUAUUUACAUAUGAAUAUUAUGAUAUCAUUCGGUAUAUUUUAUCAUAAUGAGGGAAAUACACACCUUCCAUUCAAUGCACAAGUCACAUAAACCCCUCUUAGAUGUUAGCUAAUCAUGGUUAUUUUCUUAAUCAAUAUAGUGAAUUCGAAUGCCUGAUACUACAUCGAUAUUUCUUUCCACAUUAUGUUUUAAUAAUUGAAAGCAAAUCUUGUUAAAGAUCAACUGUUAAAAGUGUUUAUUGUAUUUCCAUGGACGAAGAUUUUGUUCAAAAAUUUGUUGUUGUUGGUAUACACAUAUUACCAGAAAAUUUUGUGACGACCUUGAAAAAACAAUUUUCCAAGUGCCUGUAGCCGCCUACAAAUAUGUACCUACAUUACAAGAAGUUUUCCGCUUUGAACCUUUACUUCACUCUUCAUUAAUGAAGAUUUGCUGAAAGACGAUAUUAUUGAUAUAGUUCUGUGUUUUAUCUUAUUUGGGUAAAUACAUAUCGUCAUUACAAUUCCUAUUUUUGUCUGUUUACGUCGUGUGUAAUGAAUCAUUAUGUGGGUGCCGGUUAUCAUGGGUUUACUUGAUGACUUUGAAAGGGGGAGGAGUGUCAUAUAUGAUUAUAAGAACAUAGACCAAUUGAAUAUGUAGUAGUUGGUCCCAGUCCAACCUUCAAUCCCCCACAGACAAACCUGCCCACAAAUUGUGUAUAGAAGAAUCCACUUCAGCAAAAUAAAAUCGAAUGUUGGAUCCAACCGUUUUUUUAGAUGUUCAUUACUGAUUUAGAUGUCAUAAGUAGAAAAUUUUGUUUUAAUUUUGUCAAUCUGCAUAGACAUAAAUGCUAGAAUUAUUUGAAUGUUACCCUUUCAAAUAGUUCUUUGUAAUGCUAUUAAAUAAUAAUAUUAAUAAUUCGAGCUAGAAUAGAUAUUGGGAAAAUUAAAAUA